ACCGUAGAUAUUCAAGAUGAGUGUGCAAAUUACAAGAGGAAUUAAGAUCCUACAAAAUGCAAUAAUACAACAAGACAAACAACUGGCCAAAGCAAUGAUCAGUGACGGCUCCUUUCAUAUUACCCUGCUAGUGAUGCAGUUAUUAAAUGAAGAGGAAGUAAACAUUGGUAUUGGUGCUCUUUUGGAAUUAAAACCAUUCAUAGAAGAAAUCCUCCAAGGAAAACAGUUGAUUUUGCCUUUUCAAGGGAUUGACACUUUUGGAAAUCAGGUUGGAUUUGUGAAGCUGGCAGAAGGAGAUCACAUAAACCCACUUUUGGAGAUAGCAGAGACUGCAAAAAGGACGUUUCAAGAAAAGGGCAUCUUGGCAGGAGAAAACAGGGGUUUUAAGCCUCAUUUGACUUUUAUGAAAUUGUCCAAAGCACCAUGGCUCCGGAAGAAGCCUAGGGAGCGUCUUAUGCACAUUUAGACAUCUGACCUGCUCUAACAUACCAGAGUUCUGGAGAUGGCCA